AUUCACACGGAUGAUUUCUGUGUUGAUUGGUGUUAAAGUUUUCUAGGGAAACGACGCAAUCAGUAGUACAAUCAGUUUUCUGAAAGUAGGUCAGUAGGAAAGAUAACAUAAUUGAAACCUACGCAGGUGUCUCUGUCGCUCACCAAAUUAUCCGUCUUUUGUUAUUCUAAGGAAUUGUGAGUGUAAAAAAUAAAAAAAAAUAGAUGCAUGCGCUAUGAGACGGUCAUAAAACACUUUGUUGGUUAAUAGUUGAAGAGCUGCAAAUGUUUUAACUAAUUUGUAUUCACUCUUUGAAUUUCUGCUGCGUCACUUCAUCAUGCCAGUGGACGUGGAGACGGCUAAAAAGUUUAUUGGUGAAUGGAGAGUUCAGGUUUCUGAGACAAUGGGUGCUGACGAGAUGGGCAGAGCCAUGGGUAAGUUGUUGAUUUGUUCUGAUGUUUGUAACAUAGCACCCCCCCCCCACCUCUGCUCCCAUUAGAUGAUUUUAAAGUGCUACAUAUGUACCAUGUCAAAUAUAAAUUACAUUUUUAUCUAUGACUAGGACUCUGUGGCAUUUGACCACGAUACAAGAACCUAUUUGUAAACCUUUGCUUAAUGUAUGGUAAAAUGGUAAGUCAAAUGGAUGCUGGGUGGUCGAGUUUAAUCCACAGCAAAAGCGUAGACAAUUAAACACAUCCAUCAGAAUCCCGGAUGUAAAAUUAAACACGGCGAUGGGGUCCCAUAGGCGGUAUGGCAUUGACACAAUGAGAAUUCCGGUAACUCCUUCGACGCUGCUGGUGCCGAGUGUAUCAUCAACACACGAUGUGCCCUUGGAUUAUCAAUAUGUUUGGAGCGGGGAGAGAGAGAGAGAGAGAGAGAGAGGGGGGGGGCUAUUGAACCAUCUUAUCAUCUCAAAGUAAAAAAUCCCCGGCCUUGUGAUUUAGUCCAGCAAAUAAAGGUGUUCUCACCAGUUGUGGACAAAACCAAGGUAUUCUCACCAGUUGUGGACAAAACCAAGGUAUUCUCACCAGUUGUGGACAAAACCAAGGUAUUCUCACCAGUUGUGGACAAAAUCAAGGUAUUCACACCAGUUGUGAACAAAAUCAAGGUAUUCUCACAAGUUCUGAAUAAAUUGAAGGUAUUCUCAAUAGUUCUGAACAAAUUAAAGGUAUUCUCACCAGUUCAGAACAAAUUGAAGGUAUUCUCAACAGUUCUGAAUAAAUUGAAUGUAUUCUCAUCAGUUAUGAAUAAAUUGAAGGUAUUCUCAACAGUUCUGAAUAAAUUGAAGGUAUUCUCACCAGUUUUGUUCUUUUUAAUCAGUAUAAAGGUUUAAAUGGCUGCACCAUAAUGUCUCAUUGUCUAAUGCACACCGUUAUCCCAGACAAUUACGGGCAGGUCAGUUUAGGUCAAACAUUUACGAAGUUGGCUGCAUCAGAUACCCAAGUUAAAUACAAGAGCAGUGUGCCGCCAUGGUGACCGGUGCGUUUUUCCCCAUUGUUUAGUCACGUCCCUUUUGUUACGCUCUGAGUGAGUCAUGAUAUAGCGGCGUUCACUUAAAAAAUAACUUUUGAAUAAUCUCCUACGUCAAUAGCAUUUAAAUAUAUUUAUUUAUAAAAAAUCAACCGGAGGCGUCUCUGUUUUGUUAUUAAUAAUUAUUGUCAUCAUUGGAUGUGUACAAUCUUUUUGGCCAGGUUAAGGGGUCUCCGCCCCUGACGACGAAGCCAAAGAUUGGUCAAUAUUUUAAGUUAAAAAAUAAUAAUUUAAUUGAGUGUGACUUCCUUGAAUCUGUCCCAAAUCCUUCUAUGGCUGGUUGUGCUGUUCACUUCAGGUGAAGGAGAUGAAUCUGUAAUUCAAUGAUUUGUUGAACUUUAUAAAUCAAAAAAUGAAUUUGAUUUACCUUUAAUAAAAAGAUCAUAGGUGAUCAAUCAUUAAAAAGCUUUACUCCUGGAUUAAGUUCAAUCUUUGGAAGUACCUACUUGUGUUAAGAGAAAUUUCAAUUUUUGGCACUACCUUCUUGUUUGAGCAGACUUUUCAUUCUUGGGCACUACCUACUUGCUUGAGCAGACAUUUCAAUCUUUUGCACUACCUACUUGUUUGAGUAGAUAUUUCAAUCUUUUGGCACCACCUACUUGUUUGAGCAGAAUUUUCAAUCUUGGGCACUACCUACUUGUUUGAGUAGACAUUUCAAUCUUUGGCACUACCUACUUGUUUGAGCAGACAUUUCAAUCUUUGGCACUACCUACUUGUUUGAGUAGACAUUACAAUCUUUGGCACUACCUACUUGUUUGAGCAGACAUUUCAACUUUUGCACUACCUACUUGUUUGAGUAGACAAUUCAAUCUUUUGGCACCACCUACUUGUUUGAGCAGAAUUUUCAAUCUUGGGCACUACCUACUUGUUUGAGCAGACAUUUCAAUCUUUGGCCUUACCUACUUGUUUGAGUAGACAUUACAAUCUUUGGCACUACCUACUUGUUUGAGUAAACAUUACAAUCUUUGGCUGUAACUUCUUGUUUGGCUUUUCUACAUGUGUGAGAAGAAAUUUAAAAAAAUGAAACUAGGAAAAUCUGAAUACAUAGCGGCUUUAUCCAUGAGUGAGUACAAGUUGCUUUUAUCCAAUGAGUACAGAGUGACCUCAUCCAAUGAGUACAGAGUAGUCUUAUCCAGUGGUUACAGAGUGACCUCAUCCAGCAAAUACAGUGACCUUAUCCAGUAAGUACAGAGUGACUUUAUUUAGUGAGUACAGAGUGGCUUUUUCCAGUGAGUACAGAGUGACCUUAUCCGGUGAGUACAGAGUGGCCUUAUCCAGUGUGUACAGAAUGGCCUUUUCCAAGCAGUACAGACUGACCUUAUCUAGUGAGGACGGACUGACCUUAAUCAGUGAGUACAGAGUGGCCUUAUCCAUUGAGUACAGAGUGGUCUUAUCCAGUGAGUACAGACUAACAUUAUCCAUCGAGUACAGAGUGACCUUAUCCAAUGAGGACACACUGAAUGUAAACAAUGAGGACAGAUUGACCUUAUCCAAACCUUGUGACCCCUCUGGAUGUAGACACCAAUAUUUCAAGUAACACAAAAAAAAUUAUUUAAAUUAAAAAAAACAACAACAAGAAAUAGAGAAAGACAAUAAGUAUGUAGUUUUUGAAGAUAUGAAAUCAGUAGAGCUGAAUAUAACGCAUUCCACGGUGAAAUGAAGGAUUUAAAAAUAGUAUUAUUGGAGCUGAGAUUUAGUUAAAUCGUGUUUAUUCAAUUUUCACUGAAGGAGCCCACUGAGUGACCUGCCACCUUCAGGUAGGUCUACUAUGUCAUUGUGGAGGUGUACUACGUAGACGUUACUUGGUCGGUCCUUGUCACUUGCGUAGACAUAACUUGGUCAGCUCUUGUUAACAGCUCUUGUUAAUAAGGGUAACAAUGGGAUAUAUUGUAAUCAGCUUAGCACAAUGAGAAAUUAGUAACACAAAUUCAUUUGCUGUCCUCUUGGAUACUACCUCUCAGCUUAGUGCUAUUUUAAAACUGUGUUCUGUUUUUUUCUGAAGGCUUCCCGCCGACACGUUAGUUGUUUUGUUGCGUUCUUUUUUUUCAGGUUUAACCUAAAUUUGUUUGACUAAUUUCCCAUCAGCUCUUGUUACUUGAGUAGGCAUAACUAGAUCGGCCCUUGUUAAACCUGCAAAGAUCGUCAACAAUAACAAAAAAGUUUAGAAUCUAGACAGUUGAUAUUUGACAGAGACCUCAUCUUUUCUUGCGUUUUCAUCUAACAAAAUCCCCAGAAUUAACCGAUUUCUAAAUAAUUUGAUGUUCAAAAGAAAAUAUUGUUUAUACGCUAGAUAGAAAUUUAAAAUGUUGAACUUCAUUGAAGCAAAUUCAUUAGUCAUUUUUUCCAAGAUUAAUUUAUCAUGCAAAGUAAUAUUAACAAAUGCACACACAAUUUAACCAUUCAUGUUUGACUUUCAAUUUCCUUGGCCUUGUAACCUAAAAAUGUGAGACCACUGAGUUCAUAAUUUUGGACCUUAUUUUGUACAGGUUUCCCGCCGAUCAUGAUCGACAUGUUCAAGAGACUUGAGUACUCUUUAAGUUUCACGCUGGAGGGACAAGUCGUGCGCGUCGCAUUUAAAUUCAACAAUCAGUUGGCUCCUUCUGGCUCCAUCACCGUUGGAUCGGGGGAAAAAUUAGACUACCCUUCUCCUGACGGUGGCAUAGUAAAGGUAGGGCGUCAGAUGAACAGCGGCUCUCAGGCGGCAUCAUAAAGGUAGGGCGUCAGAUGAACAGCGGCUCUCAGGCGGCAUCAUAAAGGUAGGGCGUCAGAUGAACAGUGGCUCUCAGGCGGCAUCGUAAAGGUAGGGCGUCAGAUGAACAGCGGCUCUCAGGCGGCAUCGUAAAGGUAGGGCGUCAGAUGAACAGCGGCUCUCAGGCGGCAUCGUAAAGGUAGGGCGUCAGAUGAACAGCGGCUCUCAGGCGGCAUCGUAAAGGUAGGGCGUCAGAUGAACAGCGGCUCUCAGGCGGCAUCGUAAAGGUAGGGCGUCAGAUGAACAGCGGCUCUCAGGCGGCAUCGUAAAGGUAGGGCGUCAGAUGAACAGCGGCUCUCAGGCGGCAUCGUAAAGGUAGGGCGUCAGAUGAACAGCGGCUCUCAGGCGGCAUCGUAAAGGUAGGGCGUCAGAUGAACAGCGGCUCUCAGGCGGCAUCGUAAAGGUAGGGCGUCAGAUGAACAGCGGCUCUCAGGCGGCAUCGUAAAGGUAGGGCGUCAGAUGAACAGCGGCUCUCAGGCGGCAUCGUAAAGGUAGGGCGUCAGAUGAACAGCGGCUCUCAGGCGGCAUCGUAAAGGUAGGGCGUCAGAUGAACAGCGGCUCUCAGGCGGCAUCGUAAAGGUAGGGCGUCAGAUGAACAGCGGCUCUCAGGCGGCAUCGUAAAGGUAGGGCGUCAGAUGAACAGCGGCUCUCAGGCGGCAUCGUAAAGGUAGGGCGUCAGAUGAACAGCGGCUCUCAGGCGGCAUCGUAAAGGUAGGGCGUCAGAUGAACAGCGGCUCUCAGGCGGCAUCGUAAAGGUGGGGCGUCAGAUGAACAGCGGCUCUCAGGCGGCAUCGUAAAGGUGGGGCGUCAGAUGAACAGCGGCUCUCAGGCGGCAUCGUAAAGGUAGGGCGUCAGAUGAACAGCGGCUCUCAGGCGGCAUCGUAAAGGUAGGGCGUCAGAUGAGCAGCGGCUCUCAGGCGGCAUCGUAAAGGUGGGGCGUCAGAUGAACAGCGGCUCUCAAACUUUAAGAGUUUGAGAUGAGGUGCUGAUGAGGCUUGUCCUGUGUGGCAUACAUGUUCUUGUAAAUGUUUCUGCUUUCUUUCUAUCUUUAUUUUUGUCAAGUCAUCAGGAAUGUUUUGACCUAGACAUGCCCAAUGAAAGCAUUGCUUGAAAACCCCAGGUAGGUUUAUGUACCGUUGAAGGAAUCUAUGUGUCAGCCACGCUUUUCCUUCAUGGGUACAUCAGGGAGUAUGUAAGUUCCGUAUUGUAGUGAACGAGUGUCUCAUUUCUAUAGCUGUGUAAGUCCAGUAAGGUAGUGAACGAGAGUCUCAUUUUUAUAGUUGCUAAAAUCCGCAACAUAUAAGCUCGCAUACAUUAUUGUUGUCAGUCAUGCACAAAAUAAAUACUCUUUUUUCUGUUACUAUCUUUUCUAUUGUUGUUUUUUCUGUUGUCUGUUUUGUUGUUUUUUCUGUUUUGUUGUUGUUUUUUUCUGUUGUCUGUUUUAUGUUGUUUUAUUCUGUUGUCUGUUUUGUUGUUUUUUCUGUUUUGUUGUUGUUUUUUUCUGUUGUUUGUUUUGUUGUUAUUUUUUCUGUUGUCUGUUUUAUUGGGUUUUUUUCUGUUGUCUGUUUUGUGUUGUUUUUUCUGUUGUCUGUUUUGUUUUUGUUUUUUCUGUUGUCUGUUUUGUUGUUGUUUUUUCUGUUGUCUGUUUUGUUUUUGUUUUUUCUGUUGUCUGUUUUGUUGUUGUUUUUUCUGUAGUCUGUUUUGUUGUUAUUUUUUCUGUUGUCUGUUUUAUUGGGUUUUUUUCUGUUGUCUGUUUUGUUUUUGUUUUUUCUGUUGUCUGUUAUGUGUUGUUUUUUUCUGUUGUCUGUUUUGUUUUUGUUUUUUCUGUUGUCUGUUUUGUUGUUGUUUUUUCUGUUGUUUGUUUUGUUGUUAUUUUUUCUGUUGUCUGUUUUAUUGGUUUUUUUUCCUGUUGUCUGUUUUAUUGGGUUUUUUUCUGUUGUCUGUUUUGUGUUGUUUUUUCUGUUGUCUGUUUUGUUUUUGUUUUUUCUGUUGUCUGUUUUUUUUUCUGUUGUAUGUUUUUUUUCUGUUGUCUGUUUUGCUGUUUUUUCUGUUGUCUGUUUUGUUGUUGUUUUUUAUGUUGUUUGUUUUGUUGUUUGCCUUCCAUUUCGUUCCUUCCUCCCCCCCCAUUUCUCAUGCUUCGUACAUUCUUUUUUCCUUUAUAUUAUUCCCUCAUCCUAGUUUCCUUUUGUCCCCCCUUCUAAGUAAAAUUUUAGAGACUUUAAUUUUUUUUUCUAAAUUGACUGACUUCUAUUAACGAAAUAAUUUUUUAUUUUUUACAUAAAGGUUAUAAUGAAUAUUGAAGAUGGGAUCGUGACGGACGUACACGAGGACAGUGAGAAGGGACUGUCCUGGACAACAGCUCGAUCUGUAGAUGGUGACGUCAUGACCGCAGUAAGACCAGCUUAAAUCAUACGAUCUCUGUUUCCAUUUAUCUUUCAAAGAUCUUCUGUACUAAUUGUUCAUGUAAAUAUGUACUGUGGCUGUUGAUAGGAAUAUUUACUUUGGUCGUUCCUAUCAAUAUUUACCGAGGUGGUUCAUAGGAAUGUUACUGUACUUGUGCAUGUAAACACUUACCUUAGUCGUUUAAAUACAUUAAUGUCGUCUAUUUUCCCUUUACAUAACGUAAAUAAACACUUACAUAUAAAUGACUAGCAAGAGAGAAAAUUUAUUUGAAGUUUCACCAGUUUUAAAAUUUACAGCACAUUUUUCUUAGAUUUAGUGUCUUGUAUUUAUCCCCGAAAGUUUACGGUUUAUUACAAGUAUGGGCGUAAUCUAGUUUUCAAAAACAUGGAGUGAUUUCCCUUUCUAUUUCAGGUCACAACCUGUAGGAAUGAAACAAUGAGGCAGACCUUCAAGAGGGAGUGACAACACGUGUCUACAUUGAUGUCAUCACUGACUUAAAAAGUCCCUAACGUGUUAUCUUAGCGUGCUCAACACGAACAUAACACGUGAUUGCGUAGUGGCUCUCGUUUUAAAAAUAAUUCAAAGAUUUAAUUUCCAUGUUUCACAUAUAUCAUAUGGUGUACUGCAUGUACAACACAGCUUUCACAGUGGUUGAAUGGAAACAGACCAUAAAAAUUCGUGUGGGUGUGAAGAGAGCCCAUCAACCAUCGGCAUGCAGUGAUCCAGAUUUUCAAUGUGGCACAUCAUCAGCCCCACACAGACUAACACAGGAAGAACUAAAUGGCCAGGUGCGUGAUUUGGACUUACCUAAGAAAAAGCCAGAAUUGCUAGGGUAAGGACUCCAACAAUGAAAUCUUCUAGAACAAAAUGUCACAAUUAAUUUGAAUCGCGAGCGCCACCAGCAGCUAAAGCCUGUUUUCAGAAAGUAAACUAACCUGAUGUUCUGUUACGAUAUGGGGGACAUCUUGAAUGCUUUAAAAAUCACUCAUGACCCAGAAGAAUGCACUCUAUUAUUAGACUCUUUGAAAUUGAGUUUUACGGCCUUGCUUUAGCACAAUGGAGGCCCUCUUCCAUCUCUUUCAGUAGCGCAUGCUCCACAUGAUAGAAACAUAAGAUAACUUAAAGCAGCUACCGAAUUGCACUGAGUAUAACAAGUACAGCUGUCCCCUUGGAUUGGAAGGUAGUUUCCCUUUGAAUGGGACCACCGCUGGGAUAUCCAAAAAUAAAUGUGUUUCUGAUGUAAGCGGGAUAGCCAAGCAAGAAAGUUGUUCCACUUGAAAAAAGGAAUUGACUCGCAGACAAAAUUUAGCAGUCGGAGAGAAGAAUAUCCAGCACUCAGCUCUGUUCAAGGCUCACAAAAUUGAAGUAGUUUUUGAAGAACUUCGUGGAAGACAUGGACUGGACUUUGCCAAUUUUGCAAUUUGUCUGUUAUAUUCGUGUUGAGCAUAUAAAAACUGAUUUUUUAAAAAAAAAUGACACAUUUAAUUUCUGUAACAUGACUUUUGUAAAAAGGAAUGUGUUGACCAGUGUAACAAAGAAUUUUCAAUAAUAACAAAUUAUUUUUGAAACCAUAAAAAAUUGGUGUAUCACACAAUGUGUAGAGUAAGACAAACAACGAAGAUAUCAGAUGAAGAUUUUUUAUAAAAAAUAUUUUGAACUUAGACAUUCCUGUCAAUCAAACCCAGAUUGAUAUGCGUUAGUAGAUUGUUAGGGUAAUAUGAGGGUACAGGAUAGGUAAACGUAUGGAUGCUUUAUAAAUGUAAACAUUAAGUUGUAGGACUACAUUUUUAAUGGUGUUCAAUUAUCUGUCAAAUGGGGCAAAGUGUGUGCUUCUAUGAUGGGGUAAAGUAUAUGCUCCUAACAUGGGGUAAAGUGUGUGCUUCUAUGAUGGGGUAAAGUAUAUGCUCCUAAGAUGGGGUAAAGUGUGUGCUUCUAUGAUGGGGUAAAGUAUGUGCUCCUAACAUGGGGUAAAGUGUGUGCUUCUAAGAUGGGGUAAAGUGUGUGCUUCUAAGAUGGGGUAAAGUGUGUGCUUCUAAGAUGGGGUAAAGUGUUUGCUUCUAUGAUGGGGUAAAGUAUGUGCUUCUAAGAUGGGGUAAAGUAUGUGCUUCUAAGAUGGGGUAAAGUGUGUGCUUCUAAGAUGGGGUAAAGUGUUUGCUUCUAUG